AUGCGCGCCGUUCAGCCGGCUCCGUUACCUGUCAGCGGCGGCGGCGGGAUGGAGGGGCUCAUCGAGCUGGUGAACCGGCUGCAGGAUGCCUUCGCGGCGCUGGGGCAGAGCUGCCUGUUGGAGCUGCCGCAGAUCGCUGUGGUGGGCGGGCAGAGCGCCGGCAAGAGCUCGGUGCUGGAGAACUGCGUCUCCAGGGAUUUCCUUCCACGAGGAUCUGGAAUUGUAACAAGGCGACCAUUGGUUCUACAGCUUGUCACUGCCAAAACAGAAUAUGCUGAGUUCCUACACUGCAAAGGGAGGAAGUUUACAGAUUUUGAUGAAGUUCGUCAAGAAAUUGAAGCAGAAACAGACAGAGUGACCGGACUGAAUAAAGGCAUUUCUUCAAUUCCUAUUAAUUUAAGAGUGUAUUCCCCACAUGUGCUAAGCCUGACCCUUGUUGAUUUGCCUGGAAUCACUAAAGUGCCAGUAGGGGAUCAACCUCCAGAUAUAGAGCAACAGAUCAGAAACAUGAUUAUGCAGUUCAUUUCUCGUGAAAACUGUCUGAUUCUGGCGGUGACUCCAGCCAACACUGAUCUUGCCAACUCAGAUGCAUUGAAGUUAGCUAAAGAAGUAGACCCUCAAGGCCUGAGAACCAUUGGUGUAAUCACAAAACUGGAUUUGAUGGAUGAAGGAACUGAUGCAACAGAGAUUCUGGAGAACAAGUUGCUCCCUCUUCGUAGAGGGUAUAUUGGAGUUGUAAACAGAAGUCAGAAAGACAUUGAUGGGAAGAAGGAUAUUAAGGCAGCCAUGCUGGCAGAAAGGAAAUUCUUCCUUUCCCAUCCAGCUUACAGGCAUAUGGCAGACCGGAUGGGAACACCAUAUCUGCAGAAAGUUCUAAAUCAGCAACUCACCAAUCACAUUCGAGAUACACUGCCAGCCUUCAGGAGCAAACUUCAGAGCCAGCUGCUUUCUAUAGAGCAUGAAGUAGAGGUAUAUAAAAACUUUAAACCAGAAGAUCCGACUAGAAAGACUAAAGCCUUACUGCAGAUGGUUCAACAGUUCUCAGUGGACUUUGAAAAAAGAAUUGAAGGAUCAGGGGAUCAAGUUGACACAUUAGAACUAUCUGGUGGUGCCAAAAUCAAUCGUAUUUUCCAUGAGCGUUUUCCUUUUGAACUAGUAAAGAUGGAAUUCAAUGAGAAAGAACUGCGGAGAGAAAUAAGCUAUGCAAUCAAAAACAUACAUGGUAUCAGAACAGGUUUGUUUACUCCAGACAUGGCCUUUGAGGCUAUAGUUAAAAAACAGAUAGUGAAGCUGAAAGGGCCUUGCUUAAAAAGCGUGGAUCUGGUGAUGCAAGAGUUAAUCAACACUGUCAAGAAAUGCACUAAAAAGCUGGCGACCUAUCCAAGGCUAUGUGAGGAAACGGAAAGGAUUGUUGCUGGCCACAUUCGAGACAGAGAGGAGAAGACCAAGGAACAGGUACUGCUGCUAAUUGAUAUCCAGGUAUCUUACAUCAAUACCAACCAUGAAGACUUCAUUGGCUUUGCAAAUGCCCAACAACGAAGCAGUCAGGUUAACAAAAGUACAGUUGGAAAUCAGGGAGCCAAUCUACCGCCUUCACGGCAAAUUGUGAUCCGGAAAGGCUGGCUCACCAUCAACAAUAUCGGCAUCAUGAAAGGGGGGUCCAAGGAAUACUGGUUUGUUCUGACAGCAGAAAGCUUGUCCUGGUAUAAAGAUGAUGAGGAAAAGGAAAAGAAGUACAUGCUUCCCUUGGACAACCUGAAAGUGCGGGAUGUUGAAAAAAGCUUCAUGUCUAGCAAACAUAUUUUUGCCUUGUUUAACACGGAGCAAAGGAAUGUUUACAAGGAUUAUCGCUUCCUUGAGCUGGCCUGUGAUGCCCAGGAGGAGAUGGAUAGCUGGAAGGCAUCCCUACUGCGAGCUGGUGUCUAUCCUGAUAAAUCCUCAACGGAAAACGAUGAGAACAGCCAGGCAGACAAUUUCUCCAUGGACCCCCAACUGGAGAGGCAGGUGGAGACUAUUCGCAACCUUGUGGACUCCUACAUGUCUAUUAUCAAUAAGUGUAUUCGUGAUCUGAUACCAAAAACAAUCAUGCACCUUAUGAUCAACAACGUAAAAGAAUUCAUAAAUGCAGAGCUCCUGGCUCACUUGUAUUCCUCUGAGGACCAAAACACCUUGAUGGAGGAGUCAGCAGAACAGGCUCAGAGGCGAGAUGAGGGGCUUCGCCUGUACCAAGCCCUAAAAGAAGCACUGGCGAUCAUUGGAGAUAUUAGCACUAGCACUGUAUCUAUCCCUGCCCCGCCUCCAGUUGAUGAUUCCUGGCUACAGCAAUCCCGCAGAUCACCCCCUCCAAGUCCUUCAACUCAGAGAAGGCCUACAUUAAAUAAUCCCCCAACCAGACCUUUAUCUGGCCGAGGACCUGCUCCAGCAGUCCCAUCACCAGGCCCUCUGUCUGGGGCUCCACCGGUCCCAUUCCGUCCAGGACCAUUACCUCCAUUUCCUAACAACAGUGAAGGCCUUGGGACGCCACCUCAGGUUCCAUCUCGGCCAACGCGGGCUCCUCCCAGUGUUCCAAGGCGAGUGGAUACAGAUGGCUUCUCCCGUCCAGACAGUCCAACGCACUUGCUUGAUAUGUGAUUUGUUCCAUGUUGCCGGCUGUUUGUUUUGUUCCCAGUUUGUGUUUUAUCCCUCUCUACUUUUCCAGAAUGAUGUACACAGCGGGGGCGUUUUGUGAGGAGCAAGUGCUCACUUUCUCUCUGAAUGUUGCUCUGUAUGUUAAUGGCCUCAUUAAUAUGAGCCACAACACCUGCCAUUGGUUUUGUGGUAUGUAAAUGAUUACUGGCAUGGACUUUUGCACACUGUGACUGGAUCUCUGGAUCCUGAGUCCAUUAUCGAAGGUCUCCUAUGCCUCCUGUAAAAAUGUCGCACUGCAUUUCUGAACCUGAAAUAAAGGUAAACGCUGGCUGGGUGUUUGUUACUUUCUGGAUGUGAUCGAGAGCCUCACCUGUCUUUCAACAUGAUCAUGCCACAUUC